AAGGCUGCGGAUACUCACUCCGGAGGCCCAGACAGACAGAUAGAUGUCAACUGAAUGGUCUCUUGAUGGAUUCGGAUCCCCAGGCUCAUUAAAGCCAAAUUCCAGACACUUGGGGCCUAAAUUCUUCAGGGCAGUGCAGCCUUUCCUUAUUUUUUUGUUAUUUUUUUACCAGCACGAAUAUUCAAUUAAGGCAAAUUACAAACUUUAGAGCAGGAAAGUGAUUCGUCGGGUCUGGAAGAACGGAUGGAUGUGUUGGUGGAUGCUUCGAGGCAAUUUGCACACUCAUCGCUAUGGCAAAAAUUGGGCAUUCAAGGAGUUUAGAUACCCUUUCUUUUAGUUAACAAAAAACUAACAGAUUGCAGAGGCUUCUGAGUAUAUAUUUUGGAUAAGAAUGAGGAGUUUUGAAGACGGACAAGGCUAUAAGACUUAGAAGAGUGCUCUUGUCCCUUACUUGUUUAUAUUUAUUUGUUAGACAAAAGAAAGACUAGUUAGUAUACCAAGUUUAGGGUUUCCAACUCUUAAAUCUGAGCGACUAUCCCAUUUAGAGAUCAAACUGGCGGACAAACGGACAGACGGACAAGGCUACUAGGAUUAAAUAGCCAAGACACCCUCUAGGUAGAGUAUAGAAAGCCAAAAACAAAAGCCACAGGCAGUGCACACUAUAGGGGAUUGCCGACCGAGUUGAGUUGUCAAAAGGUUGAAAUUAGCCUUGACCCCUUCGGAUGGCUGAUGGCCUGACUGACGGCUAAUGGAGCUCAAGAUGGCCAGUACCGUUUGCCAAGGAUGUGGUGGAUAGACGGAUGGAUGGAUGGAUGGAUGGAAAAGCCAACGGGAAAAGCACUGAACCUCUGAAGAUCUCCGAAGACAACCAGCCAUGUCCAAUCCAAGUCCAAUUAGUGAAUCUCUUAGAGAUCUUUUUAGAUGGCAUUCCGAACAAUGACAAGAACAAAACGGAAAAGCAUCCGAAACAUCCGAAUAAAAAAAAAAAAGGUACAAGGUAUACCCACCCACAUCACGCCCGAGCCGAUGAAUGCCAGCCGAUCCCCCUCGUUAGGUGGAAUCUGAGAUCGCGACACAAUGACAAGGUCGGAGCACACCGGAGGAGUCAACUGUGCGCACUGGCGGGUUAGCCAACAGAAUACAUAAGACAGAGACAAUGCAGUGCCGAGAUUAGCCCGGACAAAGUGCACCACAGAUUCCAGAAGCUAGAAGAGAGAGAGUCUUCUACGUAGAACCCCAAAAAGGAUCCCCCAACAAGCCAGAGAGAGUCACAAGGACAAGGAGAAUAGCUAGCCAAGGCGUUCCAAUGAAGCCCUACCUCUGGAUGAUAUUGUCCUGUGUCCUGCUCGCCGCGCUGCUGCAUCCUGUGAGCUCGAACGGAACUCAGGCAGAGGCUCUGCACGGAGGACGGCAGGAUGGUUCCUGGCCAAGUGCCAGGACGAACAACAUCACCAUACUCCAUGAGGUGGCCACCGAAACGGAACCACCACUCACCCUGAACACCCACGAGGUGCUGCCGCUGAAGCCUCUGAAGAAGAAAGCGUACUUGCCUCUGGAGAAGAUCCUGCCGAGCAUCGAGUAUGUGAAGCCACCGCAUCCACUCAAGGACUACGAACUGCAUCCUGUCACGUUCGACUUCAAUCUGGGCGACCUCGAGGAUCUGGAGCAUGAGGUGAUCAAGAAGGGCGACCUCACCAGCCAGGAACAGCAUGUCCUGGCCGGUGACAGUGGCUCACCCAUUGACAUCGGCUUCAGUCCUUCCUCCGCCGCCAAUCCGGACGAGAAUGAAACGGUUCUGGUGGACAUCGGAGAGCUCUCCACAGAGCCCACCACUUCCACCCUGCCGGGAACUACAACCACUUCUGUGAACAGUCCCUCCUCCACAUCGACGCCCAGCACUCACAUCCUGAAGAUCCUGCGGAGCAACAAGCCCCAGGUGGCCAGCAAGUCUGGCAGGGACUCGCUGAAGCAAAAGGACGAGGACGACAUGCAGCUGAAGACCCUGGGCAGCACCAUCAACAGCAUCAGUCGGUACUUGGGGGCCAAUGCCACUGGGAGCACUGGCAACGGCAGCAUGGCCGAGAGCCUCUAUGGCCAGGCCAACUACUUCCAGAUUGUGGCCAAUCUGUAUGACCACUUCUACUGGCAGAUCGCCGAGAUAAGGACGCGGGUGCGGACGAACUGUGGCCUGGAAAUGCAGGCCUACCUCACGGCCCUCCACUCCAGCUUGGAGUGGGCUCAGAAGGCCUAUGACUCCUCUGGCCGCUAUCGAGGACAAUUGCUUUUCGGCAACGACAAGUGGCUGGGCCAGUUGUCCUUCUGCUACGAACUCAAUCGCCAGGACUCUCAGGAGGAGCGCAAGCACUUCGAUGUGGAGUUCUACGUGGCCGAUGUGGCACUUCACAUGCCCAGACUCAAUAGAUCGAUGCUUCUCAGCCUGGGCGAGUGCCUGCCCAAGUCCUGCUCUGCCCACGAUGUCCAGUCGAUCCUCUCCCUGGAUCCCUAUGCCAGAAUGCUAACUGUCCUGGGGGCCCACAAUACCUCGGUGCAGCAGCCUCCGCUCCAGGUCCUGCACGUCCGCACUGUGCCAGGACUCUACAGUCACUGGCGGCAGCUCAAGUUCCAGGUAUUCAUUAGCUUUAUGCUCACCCUGCUACUGGUGGUCCUGGUGGCCUCGUAUUACCAGCUGAAGAUCGACGAACGCCGCCUGGUGGUGGCUCCGAUCGCCGCCAUCAGCAGCGGGAAGUGCGACGGCGGCACCACCGCCUCCUCCAAGAACGGCGGCUUCUACGGCAAGCCCUUCGAGCUCUUCCAGAUGCGGCCCUUGGGCAGCACCAACAGCCUGGCCGACGGCACCCACAGUCCUUGUGAGAUGGAUGUGAACGGGAACAGGCACUCCACGGACAUGGCGGAAUUGAACAAUGAUCCCAAUACCACGUCCACAUCGGGUUCCAUAACGGGCAAGUCCGAGAUGACGGACUAUCAGGUGGAGACUGGCAGCUGUGCCGGAGCGGCAGGGACCUACGAGGCAGAGCAGCCCAUUGCUCUCCAUCAGCAGAUACUCUUGUGCUUUGCCCUGCAAACCAAUGCCAAGGCCAUCCUGAAUAUUGACAAGACCAAGGAGACCCACACUUCCUGCCUUCAUGGACUGCGUGUCUUCUCCGUUUUGUGGACCAUGAUGGUCCACACUUAUCUCCAAAUGUUUGCAAUUGGCGAGAACAAGUUCGAGCGCGUGAUCACGGAGAGAUCGUUCUGGUAUCAGGUGAUUGGCAAUGCCACCUACUCGGUGGACUCCUUCUUCUUCAUCAGCGGCCUCCUGGUGACCCUGCUCUACCUCAAACAGGACCGCAAGUCUCCCGGCGAGCCGUGCUCGUUUGUGAAGCGAAGCUUCCUGGAGACCCUCAUGAUGCUCCUCUACAGAUACUUGCGCCUCACUCCGGUUUAUUUAUUUGUGGUCAUCUUCAAUGAUUUUGCAGUGAGACAAGGACUCGAUUCCUCGGUCUUCCAGCCCGCCAAAAUAGGGCCCAACACCUGCCGCGUCUACUGGUGGCGGAAUAUCCUUUAUAUCAACAACUUCUUCCCCCAGCAGGAGAUGUGCAUGAUGUGGAGCUGGUACAUGGCCAACGAGAUGCAGUUUUACAUUAUGGCCGCUUUGCUUUUGGCCCUUGCCAGGAGGUAUUUCAAGGCAGUGGCUCUCACACUGAUGGUCUUCCUGAUCAGCUCCUGGAGCAUCUCGGGCAUUAUUUCCCUGCAACAUCAUUACACCCACAAGGUGUCCUUGCCCUUCGAGUCCUUUGACUUUCUGUACGACAAGCCCUGGCAAAGAGUGGGCUCUUAUAUAGUCGGCAUGCUCGCUGGCUAUAUCCUGUACAAGGUCAAGACCCCGCCACAGGUCUCCAAGCGCCUCAAUCUGUCCUUGUGGACGGGCAGCCUGGCGGUUCUACUCGUUGUGGUCUUUGGCGUUUGGGAAGGACAACUUAGUGAGGUUAACACCGCCUUCUAUGUGGGCGUGGCACACACCGCCUUCGGCUGUGGCCUGGUCUGGAUCGUUCUGUCCUGCUGCUGGGGUCUGGCGCCCACAGUGAACGCCAUCCUCUCGUAUCGCGUCUUGUGGCCCCUGUCCCGUCUAACCUACUGCGCCUAUCUAAUCCAUCCGAUCAUCAUGUUCAUCUGCUCCUCGCACAUGAGUGGCACCGUCCACCUGAGCAAUCCCCUCAUCCUGACCCUGUUCCUGGGCAAUGCCGUCGUCUCCUUCGGCUCGGCCUUUGUCAUUUCGGCGCUGUUCGAGGCGCCGGUCAUUCGAAUACUCAAGAUCUGCUUCAAGAAGUGAUCCAAUUCCAGUCUAGUUUGCUUUUUUUUCCCAAUGUGUGUGUUUUUUUUUUUUUGAUUAAUUCAUAAUUAUGAAUAUAUCUUAGGCGUAUAAUAUAUACUGUAUAUAAUAGAAUGCA